CCAUUGGCGUCAGUAUUGAGUCAGGAGUGACCACACAGUCAAAGACAUAGAACCAGGAAGUAACCUCGUCUAUUGUCGAGCAAAGGGUAACAUUAGCUGUACAUUUCCAUUAGCUUUAUAUCUAACAUAGAAAAAAUACUGAAUUCACUUUACUUUCAAGUGUGAACACUCAAGUCAAUGCCUCUGUAUGGAGCCUCAAAGGGAGACCAGAGGAAAAAGCAGCCCAGACAGAAAGAGUCUCCUGGAUGGAUGAACAGCUCCAGCACUACCACAGAUGAAGAUGGCAGCGCACUUUCCCUCACUCGCCUUUGCCUUCUCAGUCUGGCUGACAACAUGAAUACCAUAUGGGUGAAAGAUUACACUGACAAGUACUUAGAUCAGUACUUAUUCAGACAUAUAAUGGGGCCAUUCAAUGUGCUGUGUGCUGAGCUUGUGGAGGAUCUAAUUAAGUUGCUGUGUAUGAGAAAGAAAUUAUCCCGAGCAGCCCUUGAUUUGCUGCUUGUUCCACAGUUACGUACACUGUCUCUUGCAAACUGCCCAGGCCUGGUCACCACUCCUGUCUGUGCCCAGAUUGCUGCGCGUUGCCGGCUUCUUUCUUACCUGGAUUUCUCUGGAGCACAGCAGCUGUCCUCAAAAGUCCUCUCACAGACUUUUCCUUCUUUACCUAAACUACGCUCACUCUUUCUGGCUGGAACAACCACUGAUAAAAGUGUCCUUAGAACUAUUGUCCAAAACCUCACUCUACUGUGCCACUUGGACAUAUCUCGGUGUCAUUUGGUCUCCCCUGCUGAUCUACUUCUUCUUGGAGGAGGUGUACUAUGUCAGUCUUCUCACACAAACAGCCCCUCAACAUCAGCUUCAUGCAGUAACUUAUCAUCAGACAUUUCUACUGUUCCUCCUCUACCUCUCCACAGCCUGCUGGCUUUAGAUAUUGGUUUUGAGGAACAAAAUGGCGACGCUGUAGCAAUAGCAGCAUACCUUCUUCUCACAUUGUCUGGCUUAGAAAAACUAGCCAUUGAAGGUAUUGCACAGGCAUGCAAACUUAUUUUGCAUGGUGACUUUAACCAGACAGAUAUGUUCGCAGCCAGAUAUGAGGUCCCUUCUUUGGAGGGAGUUUGGAAACGGUGGAAGCAAAGACAGGAUAGAGUUGAAUAUAAUAACAACAAAGUAAAGGAAAUGGAAGAAAAUUGCAGUGAAAGUGAGGAUGAAAGCUGUUUUAUGCAAGACAAAAAUGAGUUAACGCUCAGGCUGAGGGAUGUCCGAAUAUUGUCGUGUGAGUCUUUGAUAAGUCUUUGCUUUUUGUGCCCAGGAAUCAGCAGUAUAUCCAUCAAUGCUGAUUAUCCUCACACCAUACAAACUGAUGAAGUGACACAUUUAACCAAAUCUCUUGAGGGUUUUUCAGGCCAGUUAAAAAGGUUGUCCUUACAGUAUUCAGACUUUUUGCAGAAUCUGGUCAACACUGUGUGCGUUGUAGGAUCCACUUUGCUCUCACUUACUCUGGAAGGAGUAAAAACAACCCCCUCCUCUUAUUCUUCUCUGCUGACUAUCCUCCAGGCUUCUUCUAGGCUAAGAGAAUUGUCUAUCUCACUUGAACCUUGCCAUCCCUCUUUUUCACUUGAAUAUACUAUUAACCGCCAAAUAGAUUGGAAUAAGCUACAUCUGCCGGACCUUCGCAAGCUAACACUACGGUUCUCGUAUGAGCAUAGUCAAAUGAAACCUCACAUUACACAGAGCUUGUUCCUUGAGACGAUACUUGCUUGUCUCCUGGCACACUCCUCCCUCCUUCAAAAGGUUUCAUUGAUCUCCUUGCCUUGUCCUUUGAACUGUAUUUUGCAAGAAGUGCUACACCGAGCCAGCAUGAACCAAUUUGACUCUUUGCCUCUAAGAUGUCUGCAACACCUCGACCUACAAAGAACUGAUAUUAAGAUGGAAACCGUAAAUAACUUACUUAUUCAGUGUAAGAGGCUGAAGUUUUUGAACAUCAGUUUCUGCUGGAAUAUCUGCCACUCUGAGUGGACAGACAGAGUGAGAUCUGGCCAUGUAGAAGUUGCAUGGAUGUAGGCGUGACAAGUGAUUCCAAAUAAUAACUCCAAAGAAACUUGCUUAUACUCUUUGAUACAAUUUGUUAUGGUUUAGUACAAAUAAACAAGGUAUUCAUUGCAAACUAAGCAAGGAAACCCCAAAAAUAUAUAGCAGUUAAAUAUAUUAGCAUUGUCAACAAAAAGUCUUUUCUGUCAGUUUGAAAUCUGUCAUUUAUGUACACAGCAACACAGCCCCUGGCACCACACAGUAGUUGCCAGGGGCUGUUAGAGACUGCUGGCUACUGUUGCUGUGGCAAUUGCAGUGGUCAUCUUAUGAUUGUAGCAUCACAGAUAAAGAUAUAGAUACUGUGCAGAACUCUCAAGCUCCCAGGCCUUUGAUAUAGGACCCAAGCUGGAUGAGGGGGAGAGGUGAGGAACACAUUUUACAUGCAUUGGGUUUCUGAUGGCAUCACACCACUCUAAAAGCAAACUGUACACAGGUGGGGGAUUGCUAAUGUAGGCCUCUUGUUAAAAGGCAUUUUUGUUGUAAUACAAGAAGUUAAUGGAUCUAGUCACUUAUAUAGAUCAGCUGGUUCAAUAUUUGUGAACUGCACUUUAUGUCGGUGUGUCUCAGUCUGCUUCAGUCACCUCCAGCUUGUGCAGCACACCCAGACAUCAGGCCUUUUAUCCCCACUGGCUUCCAGUUUUAUUGAUUUAAAAUUUUUACUGUUUGUUUUUAAAAAUCUUAACAGCCUUGCUCCUGUCCUCCUGUCUGUCCACGACUCAAAUAGGACAUUAAGAUCAAGCAACCAGCUUCCACGGUAAAUCUCUAGAGCCAAGUUUAAACACUGGGAUGACCGGGUUUUCUCUGUCACUGGCAGACUCUGGAACAAACAUCAAUAUGCGCAUCAUCACAGACUUUGGCUUUUUUAAAUACAGGCCUAUCUAUUCAGGCUGGCUUUAAACAGUAAUGCACUUUGCACAAUUUGUUUUACGUAUUUCGUUGUUUAAUGUUUUGAAUGUUUUUAUAUUGUGUUGGUUUUAUUUGAAAGCACUUUGGUCACCUUGAGUGUUGUAAAGAGCUCUAUAAAUAAAGUCUGAUUGAUUGAUUGACUGAA